CGCGUCAUUCAGAACAUCGUCGCGUCUUCCCACAAUCAAUUUCUCUAACUGUAGUAUCAACCACUUCUUGCGGGUCGAUAUCAAAAUCAAUUGCAAUUUUUGACCAAGCAGAGCUGUUGAGAGAUCAUUUACAUUCCUCGGCAUACCUGGAGAUUCCCUUACCAAGGCAUUGGACAACUUAUUGCACCCUUAAUCUCACAGUUAUUACCCGUACGUACACCCACAAACCCCUCCAUUCGACAGGGUCCCUCUUCGGAUGCAAAUAUGGUCAAUACCGCGAAAACUGGACCGGGGAUAUAUUCUGCUACCUAUAGCAAUGUGUGUAUACCUACUUGAAUACAAUGCCUUCUAUCCACUUCAUUCCUUGUUGCUGAUUUGAGUAUUAGGUCCCUGUGUAUGAAUAUUUGUUCGGAGAGGCUCUCAAGGAACAUGGUAAGCAGAAUGAUACUCCUAACUUCCAAGCAGUCUAGCUAACUUCGGCACAGUAAUGAGAAGACGGCAUGAUGAUUGGAUUAAUGCGACACAUAUAUUAAAAGCUGCUGGAUUCGAUAAACCUGCUAGGACGAGGAUCCUUGAAAGAGAAGUCCAGAAGGAAGAACAUGAGAAGAUUCAAGGUGGAUAUGGAAAAUAUCAAGGUUCGCAUACACUCUGGAUAUAAGAGUGUUACAGGAUUAACUGGUCUUAGGUACUUGGGUUCCUCUCGAAAAAGGUCAAGCUUUAGCGCAAAGAAACAAUAUUUAUGAAAAGCUUCGUGCGAUUUUCGAAUACACACCUGGUGAACUUAGUCCUCCGCCAGCACCAAAGCAUGCUACGAAUAAGCCAAAGGUCAAGAAACCAGCAGUACCAAAAUGGGGGGCGAGUGAGUUUCUUACUUUCCUUCUAGGUAGAUAGUACUAACAGAAUAGAACCAGUGCCGAUUCAACAAGCUGCGAUUGCCCGUCAAGUCGAAGAGAAUUACGAUAAUAUAGGCACUCAAUUGAAUGAUGAUGAAAGUGUGGCAGAUGAUGUUACAGUUGCUUCCGCUUCAUAUAUGGCCGAAGAUGAUCGAUUCGAUAUGUCUCGACCACCUACCGGACAUCGAAAGCGCAAAAGAGAUCGUGAGAGGGAUGAAUCUCAACAAGAUGAUCCUGUCGAUCUUCGUGCACAAGCUCAUCUUAUGUGGGCCGAUGAACUUUUGGAUUACUUCAUGGCACCUCCCGCUGAUGCGAAUUCUAUGGAUAGAAGACCAGAACCGCCCAUAAAUUUCGAGCCCGACUUCAUUAUUGAUACAGAUGGUCAUACCGGUUUACAUUGGGCUGCGUCAAUAGGUGAUCUUGACAUAUUGAAACAACUCAAAAGAUUCGGUGCAAAUCUUGUUUGUCGAAAUAAUCGUCAAGAAACUCCGCUUAUGCGAUCAGUCCUCUUUACAAAUUCAUAUGACAAGCAAAACUUUCCUCUCAUUGUUAAAGAAUUAAUCAAUACUGCUCAUGAAAUUGAUUCAUGUGGAGCUACAGUUCUUCACCAUGCAGCUGCGACAACUAACAUGAAACAAAAGUUCAGAUGCGCUCAAUAUUAUUUGGAUGUUCUGCUUGAAAAGCUUAUCGAAAUUUUUCAUCCUGAUGAGGUACAAAGGUUGUUGGAUGCCCGAGAUAUUAAUGGAAAUACUGCAAUUCAUAUUGCCGCGAAGAACAAAGCCAGGAAAUGUGUACGAGCUUUGAUGGGUCGUGGUGCCUCUACAGAUAUUUUAAAUGAUAUGGGUGAAACGGCUGAGGAAAUAAUCCAAGACCUGAACGCUUCUCGCAGAUCCGAAAGACAUCAGCAAGCUGCUUCUUCUUCACCUUUUGCUCCGGAUUCAGCUCGUCACUUAUCUCAUUAUGAUGCUCUUGAACAAGAGGAUCCAAGAGGUGUAGCGCAUAUUUCAGAGGCUGCCAUGACUUUGAAGAAUAAUGCGGAACCAAUUUUAUUGGAGAGAUUACAUGCUUUAGCUUGUAGCUUCGAUGAAGAAUUGGCGGAAAAAGAAAAUGCAGAGGCGGAUAGUAGGAGGAUUUUAGAGGGGGUGAGGAUGGAGUUGGUGGGAGUCAGGGAACAGGCUAGACACUUAGCGGAGGAAGAAGAAGGCGAAGAAAAUGUCAUUGCAGCAAAGGCGCAUCUCGUGGGUUUACAAGAAAGAGUCCAAAGUUUAGUGGAAAGACAACAACAACUCCUCUUACUCUCUCGUACACAACACGAAGGGUCAAAGAUAAAUGGUCAUGGAGGUGGGCAAAUUAAUGGAACGGGAGAUUCGGAAGAUGGAGAUAAUGAUAGAAUACUAGCAGCGCAACAAUUGCAUGUGGAAUCCCGAAGGAGAAAGGCAUUAGUGGGUGAAUAUAUUGGAGCGCUAGGGGUUGCUGGUGGUGGUGAUGAGGGAGAAUUAUAUAAGAGGGUUAUUGUAAGGGAUUUGGGGGUGGAUGAAGGAGAAGGGGGAUUAAGUGAUGAGGGGUUGGAUGCAUUAAUAGCGAAUUUGGAGGAAGAGAGAGGAGGUGUGGGGUUGGAGAGGGAGGUUGGUGAUGAGUUAUAGGGUUGGAUGUGAGGUUGCAACACUUUUUAUCGUUUCAGAUGGUAAGAAGAUUUACAUACGAGGGAUUUGUGGCGUUUAGGUGAAGGACUAGACAAGGGAAAUGGAAUGGAAUGGGAUGGAAUAUUUAGGGUACUCCUAUUGAGAUUUCGGGCAUUGCGAUGGAUGGAUGCAUGGAUGUAUAGAUUAAGGGAAGUUCAGGUGUUUUAUCCACCAAUCGUUAUGUUAAGUAUAUAUUGGUAUUAUAGGAAGCGGAGUGCGUAUAUAAAAUGAAUUAUUACAAUUAUUGACUUGUUCAUUCAAAAAGGGGGUGUUGCUAACUUUUUAGUAGUGUUUUAGAAUGAUGAAGAAAUAUAGAUUAUAAUUCUCUUGAUGAUUAAUGUAUUCUAUUU